CUCAGCGGAAGCAGACGCAGAUUGCUUCGUUUAGCGAAUUUGUUACUAGACACUUUUAGCCAAACCGAAGUGGGCAGUACUGAGUUUUUACAGCAAUACAAUGGGAGGUCAAGCGAAGAAGAAAAAGAAAAACAGGAGCAGCCGAAGAGAAAGACCCCAACAGGACUCCAGACUAACAGUCCAAGAGCGUGUAAAACUGAAGAUGCAAGACAAAGCAAAGAAGAAAACGGCGGAGAGGUACACGGCAGAGCAGCUACUGGAGAAGACCCAGGAGUGCAUGGACAACUUCGACUUCGAAAUGGCCCGGCUUUUCUGUCAGCGCGCGCUGGAUAUAGAGCCUACCAACCUGAACACCCUGGACAUGCUUGGGAACAUCUGUGCUGAGCUGGGGGACGUGGAGAAAGCUAAGCAAGUGUUCCUGAGGGCUGUAGAGCUCAGCCCAGAUGAGGGCCACAGCAAGUACAUGUACCUGGGUCAGAUGCAGACCGGCAAGGAGGCCAUCCAACAUUUCAACAAAGGCAUAGAGAUCAUGCUGAAGGAGCUGGAGAAGCAGGCGUUGGUGGCCCCCCCGGUAGCAGCAGCCGCUGCUCCUGUAAACCGCGACCCCGAAGUGACCGCAAAGGAAAUGUCAGUGGCCUUCUGUUCAGUAGCAGAGAUCUAUUUCACUGACCUGUGCAUGGAGGAGGGGGCGGCUGACCGGUGCAGGGACGCCAUCGACGCGGCCCUGCAGUAUCACCCUGAAGACCCUGAGGCCCUGCAGCUGAUGGCCAGCUACCUGUUCAGCGUGGAGAAGCCCCAGGAGGGGAAGGAGUUCCUGAUGAGGAGCGUAGGAGUGUGGCUCCCCCGGCACCAGCAGGAGGCAGAGUCUGUCGAGGGGGAGGAGCACCGGCAGAACGCCAUGCCACCCUACGAGUCGAGGAUCACCACAGCCAAGCUGCUCGUCGAGGCCACGGAAUACGAGACGGCCAUUGAGGUGCUGGAGGGGCUCCUGGAAGAGGACGACGAGGUGGUGCAGGUUUGGUAUCUGCUGGGGUGGACCUCCUAUCUCCAGUCCGAAAAGCCUGAGGAAACAGAGACCUUCAAAGACUCGGCGAGAACAUAUUUAACCAAAGCCAGGAAGCUGUACGUGAAGCUCCGCUGUGAUGACACCGCCCUGCUGGAGCACGUGGACCAGCUGCUGGGGGAGCUGCACCCCGGCGCGGAGGAGGUGGGCUCUGAGGACGAGGACCUCCCUCUGGACAACAUCGGUGACGACUUUGUACAGAGCAGCGACGAGGAGGCGGCCAUGGAGCUCUGAUCAGAGCCCCCUCCGCCCCCCACUCAGCUUCCUGUCUGCUUCCACCAUUUUCACUGCCUUUGUUGCUGAAGCAGCGCCAAAGAUUCGCCUUCAGGCCGGAGCAGAGCGACAGCCGAAAGCGCUCAGCUGUGAUUCCGUGAGGGACGGAGUCGCACUGCAGCGGCCAGACCGCAGUGACAGAUGGUGCUCAGAUACCAAGCAGGUCUAUAAUCUUAAUAAAGAGCCUGUAACAAAGACGGA